AUGGACCUACUACUCGGAAAGGUGACUUCACAGGCGAUCAACUAUGCCAUCAGAUCGGGCAUCGCCAUCACGGCGUCCUACGCCAUUAGACAGUCCAACAAGUUGCUCAGCAAUGCACCAAGAAGUGCCGUCAAGGACGAACUCUACGCUCUCCAACAGCGCCUCCACCAUAAGAUCCGGAUCAUCUCGCCUGCCAUCGAUAUGAUCGAGCUCAUUGCGGCCAGAGGCAAUACCUCCCUAGAGUCCGCCAUUUCCCUGACCAAAGAACUCCGGCUCGAGAUCCAAGCACUCGGACAACGCCUCGCCAGUGCCGCCCAGGCGUCUGAGCAGGACUCUCGUACGUCUCAAACCAGCGCCGCAGCAAGAUCACAGCACGAGUUGGAGCUGAAAGGCAUCACCAUCGAUAUCAAGACCUUGCUCAGCCGGAUAGAGGACGCUAUACCCCUCAUCAAUCUCGCCAUCACUACCUCAGGGGUCAGUCUGUCCUCGAAUCUUCCUCACACGGUCUCGCCAUCAAGACUGCUACAAGCAAGCACCUUUCUGACAACCGGGGAUACUCAGUAUGCCAUGUCACCGCACACUGCAGUGCAGAUCGGACCCACCUUCACCUUGACUGUCUACAUGCUCUUCGCUGGUCAUAACAGACCACAGUCGGAGGACGAAAUCCGCGAAACUACCUGGAAGGAAGUAAUGCACAAAGCACGUGUCAAGCUGCGACGAGUUCCACUGGAUGUAGUCCUCAACGCAAGCCCUGGGUCUACACCUCUGGCCAGCUCCGAAAUCAACUCCUCCGACGAGUACGCCUAUCAGAUCAUGAUCAUCGAAGACCUAGACGAUGACCGAGCACACGACUUCGACGACGGGCAAGCACAGCCCGGACCUUUCGAAGACGUACCCCUCGCUGGCAUCCGAGAGAUGAUUCCCAUCCACGAGAUCUCCAAGAUCUUCUACGCCGACACGAGCAAGGUCCUCAACAUCGGCACAGAUGCUGAAACCAACCAGCCCGUCCUGUUACUCAAGCGUGACCUGAAUGCAGUUCCGCCGCGUCGCACGGCGGAGCAAGAAGCCGAUGAAGACGGCACAGAAGAUAAUCCCCACAGUCCCAGUCUGAAUGGCACUCACAAACUCACGACCGCACAACCAGACCCCUGGCGUCUCCCACCCUCUCUCGACCCCGAAUGGAUGGCCUUCGAAGUCUACACCGAAGCCGCUCCGGACGACGACCUAUCCGACGACUUUGGCGACGUCACAGACACCUCCCUUGCCGGCAUACAGCCCACUCGGUCCCUCGACGAGCACAUUGCUUCCAUGCACAUUUCCUCUCCCUCUCCCUCAUCUUCCGACAAUUACGCCUUCACUCAGUCUCAGAUCUCAACCGCCACCGCACCACCACCGCCACCGCAGUGGCAGAACAAGAUCGCGACCUCCCUCUCCCUCCUCGAACUCCUCCUGCGCCUCACUGCCCUCCAGCAAUUCCAGCAACAAUCACAUCUCUCCAUCACAGACGAGCUACUCAACUUCUUCCUCGAAGAGUCAGCCUCGACAGGCGCAGGCGGAAACGAAGCGUAUCGACAGGCGGUCAGACAGGAUGCCAGACGGCGGGUGGGUUGGGAUCCGUAUGAUGAGAGUCCUGUGAAGAGGAGGGGAGAGGAAUACAUUCAAUCAAAUGGCGAAGAUGGCGCGUAUGAUGGGUGGAGUCCGCUGCAACCUGGAAGUGGUAGCAGGAGAAAUAGUCCGGCUCCAUACCACAAUGGCUAUGAUGGCCACCGACCGAAUGGCAGACCAAGCCUGACCGGACGGCCCAGCAGCACUAGCAGUGCCGGAGGAAGUCGCAGACAGAGCUACAACGACGGCUGGAUCCAAAGCGGCCCCCAGACGACGCGAACAAGCACGCCGCGUCUCGCAGAGACCAGCAUGCUGAGUCCGCCUCCCUCCGGAGCAAGUCCGAGUCCGCUGCAGAAUAAGGCACCGAAACAGCAAUGGCUCAGGAGGGACAAUAGCCUCGAGCAGCAGGGUCCAAAGAACCGCGGCAGCCCGUUGAGGCCUAUGACGGGGCGAAGCGACGAGGGUCUAGGGACGAGUCCGGCGAGUGUAGAUGCACAGGAAGGGCCGACCACGAGAAAUCCUUGA